AUGGCGUCGCCGCAUAACAGGCUGUUAGAUGAUGCCAUGGCCAAGUACGCCGCAAAGGAGUGGACCAUUCAAGAGCACUCGACGCCAGUCUAUGUCAACAAUAGCCAGGCGGACAUCUCCGAGUGCAUUCGGCUGUCAGAUCUUGAGAAGCAUGCUUGUCGUCGUGACCUUCCAAAGACAUGCGUGCUUGUAUUGGAUGCACACUACCAGAUCGCUGAGUUUGGGAACUUGCUUUCAGUAUGUGAACGUCUGUCAAAUCAGGACUAUUCAGCUCUACCGCCUAGACUACAGCCGUCGACGUCUUUGCCACACGGAGCUACCGUCUCUUACAUCAUUCACAAUCUGCAGGACGGGACCAUGGACGUUCUGCGGAUCAUCAGGUUCACGGCCAAGGUUGCUGCGAAGGAAGCAAAGGGCUUCUGCACCGGGCUUCCAUUGUUCUUCGCUUACCGCGAGGGACCGUGGAGCUGGAAGAAGGCAGUCCAUGCUCUCCUUGGCCGUCUUCCGGGACAUCAUGUCGUUUGGUGGACUCUUUGUGAAAAGGAACUCAAGCGUGCCCAAUCCACAGCAUGGACCGCUUCCGAUGACGAGCUUGUCAAAGGCGUUGACUUCGUGAACAAGAAUGCCCCAGAAGACGAUUCGGAGAACCAGCAAUACCUGUGGAUCUUGACGAACAUCAAGGCGGACAGUGGCUCGCCAAUUGCGGGCUGGCCGGAGGGCAAGAUCAUCCGGAUUGCUCAGGAUAAAAGUCGUGCGAAUGUAGGAGCAUCUUCGCGCCGCUUCUUCCCAAUGACCACCAAGAGUAUGAAGCCAUUCAUGGGAGACUUCGGAAUUGUGACCAUCGGAUGGCCGGGAGUUGGGAAGACUCCUCUGCUCAUCAUUCUCGCUCUGGCCAUCGGCAGGUAUCACAUCAAUCGCCUGGAACUCGAGGGAGUUUCUCCUGGGUGGAGGAGGGCCAAGGCCAUGGAUAACUUCAGGCAUCGCAAUGCACAGAUCCACGAGGGCUUGAUACUAGAUGAUCUCAACAUGGACAAAAUGGAGCCCGCGGAUGUCAAAUCGUGGCUAACUUCUGAAGAAGAUCAGAACUGUUCGGGUCGGUACACGGAUGUGAAGCUCGUCGCCAACGGCCUUCGGGCCUUAGCUGCAAACGACUUUGUACCUGAAGACGAACCACUCCCGGACAAACACCAUACCUCCAUGGAGCCAAAAGAGUUCUUCAAUCUCGUCAAGAAAUUCUUCGUAGGCUACAAGGAGGCCGACAUGAUGGCUGUUUUGAAACGUUGCAUCAUGUUCAUCUUCGGCAAGCGUGCAACCUAUCUUCUAGAUGACCUGCACGAAGAUCUGUUCACACCGCGAGACAAGGACUUCUACGCCAAGUACAAAGUUGGCAUCCAUGAGCCGCCUCCUACAUUCGAGGCAGACAUUGCCAAGGAGCAGGAACUCCUGCUUCAGGGCAUAGAGUCUAUGCAGACGGCCGGUCGUCCAGAAACUUACAUGGCCGAAAUCAAUCAAAAGAUUGCGGACAAGAUCGGCUCUUUGACUCGCGCAUCCACUGCAGUGCAUCUUCCUGCUUCGCCAUCCACCGACGAGGAGACCGCAGUCCCAGUUCCUUUCCCAGAAGCUCUGCCCGUGGCUUGCGUCAAUCCUCCUGGGCGAAUGGGCCAGUUCCAAUAUCCUCCUCCAAAGCGUCGCCUCACCAGCAAGACUUCCAUGACCUCCGAGAUCGGGGAGAAUUUGGAGACACCCACCCACAUUGCGGGGGGCAUGGCAUCCUCGACGAUGGAACCUCCGGCAACGGCUUGCGAUGACGAUCCUGAUGAGCAAGCAGCCCGUGACAUGCACAACUGA